AUGGGCAUCCCCAUGGACGACAACAUUCACGCCCCUACAGUGGCCUCCGGACCGACGUCCGGGGCCACACCUCGCAACUAUUCUAAGUUGACCAUGCCCGAUCUCAUGCAGGAAAAGGAGCGGAUUGAGGCGGAGCUGUCGGCGCUCAGCAGUGUGCUCAGUUCGCAUGGAGUCAAUAUGAACACAUCCUUGACGACGUUCGAUGGAUUUCCACGCGACGAUAUCGACAUUGCCCAAGUUCGAACGACGCGCGUACGAAUCAUCCACCUACGAAACGAUCAUAAAGAUGUCAUGAAGUAUCUUGAGAAGGGUCUUCACGCUCAUUUCGCCCAAUUACAAAAUGCGCAAGCGACCGCCACCACGAACGGCACGACCGUUCCGUCAGUCGCAUCGAUGGCAGACAGCAGCAUCGCGGAUGCCAGUGCUCUAGGUGCGCCAUUCGCACGGGUCAACAGCGUGGAGCCCAGGAGUCCGGCAGAGCAGGCCGGCCUGAAGGCCGGCGAUACUAUUCGAGGAUUUGGAGGGGUGCAUUGGCUGAAUCAUGAGCGCCUCUCCAAGGUUGCCGAGACUGUACAGCAGAACGAAGGGCGCCCUGUCAUGGUCAAAGUAACCAGGAAAAACGAAGGCGCACCAGGAUCGACCGAGCUGGACUUACAGCUGACCCCACGGCGCAAUUGGGGCGGUCGAGGACUCCUGGGAUGUCAUCUUGUUCCUUUGUAG